ACAUCAUCGACUAUUUCAUUUCCUCUAUUCUUACGUCUUUUAUCCUUCCUAAUGAAACAAGUUAGCUCGGGAUCCGAGCUCAACAAUGUGUUGAAUUCAGCAGGCCGCAAACUUGUUGUUGUCGACUUUUUUGCAACAUGGUGUGGACCAUGCAGGACUCUAGCUCCCAUACUUGAAGAGCUUGAAAAGAAGCACAAGUCAGUUAUCUUUGCAAAGAUGGAUGUGGACCAGGCAAAAGAAUGCGCUGGAUCAUAUGAAAUAUCCGCCAUGCCCACAAUCGUUUUUAUGAAGAAUGGUUCAGAAGUUGGGCGAAUUGUAGGAGCAGAUGUAGGCCAGAUUCAGGCCUUAAUCAAGAAGCACGACGAUGGCAAUGUUUUCUCAGGUGUGGGGCAGACGUUGGGCGGCAGUAGCAGUGGCAGCAGUAGCAGCGCCUACGAUGGCGCGACUCCAUUUGUAAAUACCGAGACCGUAGAUGGACCAGGUGGCGCUUGCCAGAUUCAAAUUCGAUUGCCAGAUGGGUCCAUGGUUCGUGGUGACUUUGAGCCUUCACACACGUUACAACAGGUCUAUGAGUUUGUCAGGGCCAACUUGAACGCUAGAGGAAUCAAUGCUCCCGGGUUCUCAUUAAUGACCAAUUUUCCAAAGAUGGUAUAUGAGGGCUCGGCUUUGCAACAAACGCUGGAAGAGGCCAAAUUGGCUCCACGUGCGCAACUCAUUGCCAAGACGUAAUUCAAGUAUUACUAGAGAAUGUGAAGUUGCUUUCUAUCAGAAAGAUAUGGCUUCCCUUUCUGUUAUGGCAAAUACGUGAAUAUUAUGAAUAGUUCUUUUUUAUAACUAAAUAAAGCUAUCCCUUGAUGACGAC